AUGCGAAGGUUGAAUCUCAAGCUGAUAGCUGAGCUGGGCACAUCCAUCGCAUCCACCUGCAAUGACCCUGGGAUGCCUCAGAAUGGUACCCGCUAUGGUGACAGCCGGGAACCUGGAGAUACCAUCACCUUCCAGUGUGACCCUGGAUACCAACUCCAAGGACAAGCCAAGAUCACCUGUGUGCAGCUAAACAGCCGCUUCUUCUGGCAGCCAGACCCCCCUUCGUGCAUAGCGGCUUGCGGCGGGAAUCUGACGGGCCCGGCGGGAGUGAUUUUGUCCCCUAACUACCCACAGCCAUACCCUCCCGGGAAGGAGUGUGACUGGAGAAUUAAGGUGAACCCGGACUUUGUCAUUGCCUUGAUAUUCAAAAGUUUUAACAUGGAACCGAGCUAUGACUUCCUGCAUAUCUACGAAGGGGAGGACUCCAACAGCCCUCUGAUUGGAAGCUUCCAGGGCUCUCAAGCGCCAGAGAGGAUUGAGAGCAGUGGUAACAGCCUCUUCCUGGCAUUCAGGAGCGAUGCUUCGGUUGGCCUGUCAGGGUUUGCCAUUGAAUUUAAAGAGAAGCCCCGAGAAGCUUGCUUUGAUCCUGGGAACAUAAUGAAUGGGACGAGAAUUGGAACUGACUUCAAGUUGGGCUCCACAGUUACCUAUCAGUGUGACUCUGGCUACAAGAUUGUGGACCCCUCAUCCAUUGAGUGUGUGACUGGAGCCGAUGGGAAGCCCUCUUGGGACCGGGCGCUGCCUACCUGUCAAGCACCCUGCGGAGGCCAGUACACAGGAUCAGAGGGGGUCGUGUUGUCCCCAAACUACCCUCACAACUACACAGCUGGUCAGAUAUGCAUCUACUCCAUCACGGUGCCCAAGGAAUUCGUGGUAUUUGGACAGUUCGCCUACUUCCAGACUGCGCUGAAUGACUUGGCCGAGUUGUUUGAUGGAACCCACCCACAGGCCAGGCUUCUAAGCUCUCUCUCUGGGUCUCACUCAGGUGAGACACUCCCGCUGGCUACAUCCAAUCAGAUUCUGCUUCGGUUCAGUGCAAAGAGUGGAGCGUCUGCCCGCGGUUUCCACUUUGUCUACCAAGCCGUUCCACGCACCAGCGACACACAGUGCAGUUCUGUCCCAGAACCCAGAUAUGGGAGGAGGAUCGGCUCUGAGUUCUCUGCAGGUUCCAUAGUUCGAUUUGAGUGUAAUCCGGGUUACCUGCUCCAAGGUUCCACGGCCAUCCGCUGCCAGUCCGUGCCAAACGCCUUGGCCCAGUGGAACGACACCAUCCCAAGCUGUGUAGUUCCAUGCAGUGGCAAUUUCACACAGAGGAGAGGGACGAUUCUGUCCCCGGGCUACCCUGAGCCCUAUGGCAACAACUUAAACUGUGUGUGGAAGAUCAUAGUAACGGAGGGCUCGGGGAUCCAGAUUCAAGUGAUCAGCUUCGCCACAGAACAGAACUGGGACUCCCUGGAGAUCCAUGAUGGCGGAGACAUAACAGCCCCAAGACUGGGCAGCUUCUCAGGUACCACGGUGCCCGCGCUGCUCAACAGCACUUCCAACCAGCUCUGCCUACACUUCCAGUCGGACAUCAGCGUUGCCGCCGCCGGCUUCCACCUGGAAUACAAAACUGUGGGUCUGGCUGCGUGCCAGGAACCUGUUCUCCCGAGCAAUGGCAUCAAGAUAGGAGACCGGUACAUGGUGAACGAUGUGCUCUCCUUUCAGUGCGAGCCCGGGUACACCUUGCAGGGCCGCUCACACAUUUCCUGCAUGCCAGGAACUGUACGUCGUUGGAAUUAUCCCUCCCCCUUGUGUAUUGCCACCUGUGGAGGGACGCUGACCAGCAUGAGUGGAGUCAUCCUGAGCCCGGGGUUCCCAGGCUCGUACCCCAACAACUUGGACUGCACCUGGAAAAUAUCGCUGCCCAUUGGCUACGGUGCACACAUCCAGUUUCUGAAUUUCUCAACUGAAGCCAACCAUGACUACCUGGAGAUCCAGAAUGGCCCUUACCACAGCAGUCCGAUGAUGGGCCAGUUCAGCGGCCCUGACCUGCCUGCGUCGCUGCUGAGCACCACACAUGAAACCCUCAUCCGUUUCUAUAGUGACCACUCACAGAACCGGCAAGGAUUUAAACUCAGUUACCAAGCUUACGAGUUACAGAACUGCCCGGACCCACCUGCGUUCCAGAAUGGAUUCAUGAUCAACUCAGAUUAUAGCGUGGGCCAGUCGAUCUCCUUUGAGUGCUACCCAGGCUACAUCUUGCUGGGCCAUCCUGUGCUUACCUGCCAGCAUGGCACUGACAGAAACUGGAACUACCCUUUCCCGCGAUGUGACGCUCCCUGUGGGUAUAAUGUGACAUCACAGAAUGGUACCAUUUAUUCCCCUGGGUUUCCGGAUGAGUACCCAAUUCUGAAGGACUGCCUAUGGCUGAUCACUGUCCCUCCAGGGCACGGAGUGUACAUCAACUUCACCUUGCUGCAGACUGAAGCUGUAAAUGACUACAUCGCUGUCUGGGAUGGUCCUGACCAGAAUUCACCUCAGCUCGGAGUCUUCAGUGGAAACACCGCCCUCGAGACAGCAUACAGCUCCACCAACCAGGUCCUGCUCAAAUUCCACAGUGAUUUCUCCAAUGGAGGCUUCUUUGUCCUCAAUUUUCAUGCAUUUCAGCUGAAGCGAUGCCCGCCUCCCCCGGCCGUGCCCCAGGCUGACCUGCUAACGGAAGACGAGGAAUUUGACAUAGGGGACUUCGUGAAGUACCAGUGCCACCCUGGGUACACGCUGUCUGGGAGCGACACGCUGACCUGCAAACUUAGCUCACAGCUCCAGUUCGAAGGCUCCCCGCCCACCUGUGAAGCACAAUGCCCAGCCAAUGAAGUUCGAACAGAAUCUUCUGGGGUGAUCCUCAGUCCGGGGUAUCCAGGCAACUAUUUUAACUCCCAGACAUGCGCUUGGAGUAUUAAAGUGGAGCCAGACUUUAACAUUACUCUCUUUGUGGACACAUUCCAAAGUGAAAAGCAAUUUGAUGCCCUGGAAGUGUUUGAUGGUUCUUCUGGGCAAAGUCCUCUGUUAGUGGUCUUAAGUGGGAACCACACUGAACAAUCCAAUUUUACCAGCAGAAGUAACCAUCUAUACCUUCGCUGGUCUACGGACCAUGCAACCAACAAGAAAGGCUUCAAGAUUCGCUAUGCAGCUCCUUACUGCAGUCUCACCUCUACGCUGAAGAAUGGUGGCAUUUUAAAUAAAACUACAGGGACCCUGGGGAGCAAGGUCCAUUACUUCUGCAAGCCUGGAUAUCGAAUGAUUGGCCACAGCAAUGCAACCUGCAGACGGAACCCCGUGGGUGUGUACCAGUGGGACUCAAUCGCACCGCUUUGCCAGGCUGUGUCCUGUGGAAUUCCAGAGGCUCCAGGUAACGGCUCCUUCACAGGAAAUGAGUUCACUUUGGACAGUAAAGUGACUUACGAAUGUAACGAAGGCUUCAAGCUGGAUGCCAGUCAGCAAGCCACUGCUGUGUGUCAGGAGGAUGGCCUGUGGAGCAACAGAGGGAAGCCACCCACGUGCAGACCGGUGCCCUGCCCCAGCAUCGAAGGCCAGCUGUCAGAGCAUGUGCUCUGGAGGCUGGUUUCGGGGUCACUGAAUGAAUACGGAGCUCAAGUUCUCCUCAGCUGCAGCCCUGGCUACUUCUUGCAGGGUCAGAGGCUCUUGCAGUGCCAAGCCAAUGGGACCUGGAACACGGAGGAAGACAGACCCAGAUGCAAAGUCAUCUCUUGUGGAAGCCUGUCCUUUCCCCCCAAUGGUAACAAGAUAGGGACACUCACUGUGUACGGAGCCACCGCCAUCUUCACCUGCAACACUGGCUACACACUCGUGGGCUCCCAUGUCCGGGAGUGCAUGGCCAAUGGUCUCUGGAGUGGAUCGGAAACAAGGUGUCUGGCGGGUCAUUGUGGCUCUCCGGAUCCCAUUGUGAACGGCCAUAUCAGCGGUGAUGGCUUCAGCUACAGGGACACAGUGGUCUACCAGUGCAACCCCGGGUUCCGGCUCGUGGGCACCUCUGUGAGGAUUUGCCUCCAGGACCACAAGUGGUCGGGGCAGACCCCCGUUUGUGUCCCCAUCACAUGUGGACACCCGGGAAAUCCUGCCCAUGGGCUCACCAAUGGCAGCGAGUUCAACCUGAACGACCUCGUGAAUUUCACCUGUCACACGGGCUACCUGCUGCAGGGUGCCUCCAGGGCCCAGUGUCGGAGCAACGGCCAGUGGAGCAGCCCCUUGCCUACCUGCCGAGUGGUAAACUGUUCGGAUCCUGGGUUUGUGGAAAACGCAGUUCGCCACGGGCAGCAGACCUUCCCGGAGAUCUUCGAAUAUGGGAUGAGCGUGAUGUACCACUGCAAGAAGGGGUUCUACCUGCUGGGGUCUUCCGCCCUGACCUGUAUGGCAAACGGCUUGUGGGAUCGCUCCUUACCCAAGUGUCUGGCUAUAUCAUGUGGGCAUCCUGGGGUCCCUGCUAAUGCUGUCCUCACUGGAGAUCUGUUUACGUAUGGAGCCACCGUCCAGUACUCCUGCAAAGGGGGCCAGACGCUCACAGGCAACAGCACAAGAGUCUGCCAAGAAGAUAGUCACUGGAGCGGAGCCCUUCCCCAUUGCUCAGGAAACAGUCCUGGAUUCUGUGGUGAUCCAGGGACCCCUGCACACGGGUCUCGCCUUGGGGAUGAGUAUAAGACAAAGAGUCUUCUGCGCUUCUCCUGUGAGAUGGGACACCAGCUGCGGGGCUCUGCAGAGCGCACGUGCCUGGUGAACGGGUCCUGGUCAGGAGUACAGCCUGUGUGUGAAGCCGUAUCCUGUGGAAACCCCGGCACCCCCACCAAUGGGAUGAUCCUCAGCAGCGAUGGGAUCCUCUUCUCCAGCUCUGUCAUCUACGCCUGCUGGGAAGGCUACAAAACCUCGGGGCUCAUGACUCGGCACUGCACAGCCAAUGGGACAUGGACGGGCACAGCACCGGACUGUACAAUCAUCAGUUGUGGGGAUCCUGGCACCCUGCCCAACGGCAUCCAGUUUGGGACCGACUUCACGUUCAACAAGACCGUGAGCUAUCAGUGCAACCCCGGCUACCUGAUGGAGCCCCCAAUAUCACCCACCAUCCGCUGCACCAAAGAUGGCACGUGGAAUCAGAGCAGGCCCGUCUGCAAAGCUGUCCUAUGCAGUCAGCCUCCUCUGGUGUCAAAUGGGAAGGUGGAGGGAUCAGACUUCCGCUGGGGUGCCAGCAUAAGCUACGGCUGUGUGGAUGGCUACCAGCUCUCCCACUCGGCCAUCCUGUCCUGUGAAGGGCAUGGCGUGUGGAAAGGAGAAGUCCCUCAGUGCUUGCCUGUGUUCUGUGGCGAUCCUGGCACUCCGGCAGAGGGGCGGCUCAGCGGGAAAAGCUUCACCUUUAAGUCUGAGGUUUUCAUCCAGUGCAAACCCCCGUUCGUAUUGGUGGGUUCCUCCAGGAGAACCUGCCAGGCUGACGGAACGUGGAGCGGAGUCCAGCCCACUUGUAUAGAUCCAGCCCACACCGCUUGCCCAGACCCUGGCACUCCCCACUUUGGAAUCCAGAAUAGCUCUAAAGGAUAUGAGGUUGGAAGCACCGUGUUCUUCAGAUGCAGGAAGGGCUACCACAUCCAAGGCUCCACCACACGGACCUGCCUUGCAAACCUCACAUGGAGUGGGAUCCAGACAGAAUGCAUACCCCAUGCCUGCCGGCAGCCAGAAACCCCAGCCCACGCAGAUGUGAGAGCCAUCGAUCUUCCAGCUUUUGGCUACACUUUAGUCUACACCUGCCAUCCGGGAUUUUUCCUUGCUGGUGGAUCUGAACACAGGACGUGCAAGGCCGAUAUGAAAUGGACAGGGAAGUCACCGGUCUGUAAAAGUAAAGGAGUGAGAGAAGUUAAUGAAACAGUUACUAAAACUCCAGUUCCUUCUGAUGUGUUUUUCAUCAAUUCGGUAUGGAAAGGAUAUUACGAAUAUUUAGGAAAAAGGCAGCCCGCAACUCUCACUGUAGACUGGUUCAACGCAACCAGCAGCAAGGUGAAUGCGACCUUCUCCGCAGCCUCACAAGUGCAGCUGGAGCUGACAGGGGUCUACAAGAAGGAAGAAGCCCACCUGCUUUUGAAAGCUUUUCAUAUCAAAGGCCCAGCAGAUAUUUUCGUGAGCAAGUUUGAAAAUGACAACUGGGGACUCGAUGGUUAUGUGUCCUCAGGACUUGAGAGAGGGGGAUUCUCCUUUCAGGGUGACAUACAUGGAAAAGACUUUGGGAAAUUCAAGCUGGAAAGACAAGAUCCUUCCAACUCGGAUGCAGAUUCUUCAAAUCAUUACCAGGGCACCAGCAGCGGCUCCGUGGCAGCUGCAAUUCUCGUUCCCUUCUUUGCUCUAAUUUUAUCAGGGUUUGCAUUUUACCUCUACAAACACAGAACAAGACCAAAAGUUCAAUAUAAUGGCUACGCCGGCCAUGAGAACAGUAAUGGACAAGCUUCAUUUGAAAACCCCAUGUAUGAUACAAACUUAAAACCCACAGAGGCCAAGGCUGUGAGGUUUGACACGACUCUGAACACAGUGUGUACAGUGGUAUAGCCCUCAGUGCCCCCUAGGACCGAUUCAUAGCCAUACCUCUGAUGGACAAGCAGUAAAAUCCUUUGGUGCCAUAUACCACCCUCCCUUCUACUCUUGCCUUGCUGCAGCAACCUUGGCCAUCAUCUGCUGGCAUAACACAGUGGGAAUCUCUUCUCAGUCAUGACCGAGUCUUCUGAGGCUAAACUUGCAAACACAUUGUCAUCGGGAAAGCGGAUUAUCAAAGCCUUGCUGCAUCCGCCGGAAAUCAAGAAGCCAACACCGGCGAGGGCAAAGAAGACUACGGAGUCGUAGAGACAGGUGGUCCUUCAUGCCUCUGACUUCUGUGUCUCUGUGUGGCCAGGAUGCCUUUGGAUGGAGUCUUCUAAGCACACGGAUACAUCCUUCAGGUGCGGCGACAAAAUGGUAGCGACUCGAUACGUGUUUUGUGUUUUUCUUUUCCUUUUAUCCCUCCUCACUGGACAAGAGUUCUCUACAAAAGAAACACCUUCCUGGAGAAAACGCCUUCUGGGAAGUGCACCCGCACACGCUUGCUUCCCUCUGCCCUGCCUGAGACACGACAAGCUCGGAGGAUCUUCAGGCUUCCCUGGACAUCCAUCAAUCACUAGGGAUGUUUGCAGAUUUCACGAGUCAAGCCGUUCCAUCCCAGAAAUUUUGAAUCUCAACAUUUUGCACUAGGGUGUUAAGAAUGACUGAGUCUGGUUUUUAAAUAGACUAUUUACACAGGGUUUAUAUACGCUCUACAUUGUACAUAAGCAUUUUCUCAUGUUGUAUUGUCAAGCAGAAGAUGCCACCAUCAGUUAAGCUGGGUUGAAGGGGAAAUAGCCCCAGACAGGGCAGUUUGAAAAGGAGACUGUACUGUGAAGAAGUUAUUUUAUUAUCAUUUCUGUUAGCCACGUUUAUGUGUCAAAUUCAUUGCCAACCACCGGUGGUUGAAACGAAGCCUUUCCUUUCCUUUGUUUUCUCUCCUUCACGUGCACACAACUCUUGUUUGUGCCACACUGAUUGGCAACAGAGGUCUCCAACAAUGUCUGUUUUCCAUGUAUCGAUGUGACUAGUAAUUUAUUUUAGGUAGCUUGUGAACCCCCGGGUCUCAGUUCACAGUGCAGUCUUUCCUUCCGGGUUGCUUGCUGUCUCUGUUCUGUAACAUCACCUGCGCAGCUGCCCUGAAAGUCUAUCUCACAGCCACACCCAAGCUCAGAGGAAAUCAGAAGGGAAUCCAAGUUGCAAUCAGGAUCGGAAGGGCAGGCGUGGCUCGCACACCCUUGUGGUGACUGUUGUAUAGAUUACUUGCCUUCUUGAAAAAAAAAAUUAUUGCAAUGAUUUCCAAACCUAAAGUUCCUUAUUGGUAGACUAUCCAUUAUGGCAUAAGUAAGCCCGGUGGCAUGGCCAACAAAAGACUAUCCAUUAUGGUAUAAAUAAGCCAGGUGGCACGGCCCACAGGAUAAAAUAAACAGCCUGGAGAGAAGACAGGGCCAGAGAAAUGUCUGUAAGAAAUUCAAAGAGAAGAUCAUGUUUAUUUUUAUUUAUAUUUGUUUGAUAAAAGUAUUUUUGGAAAGAUGAUGCUUAUUUUAUUAUUUGAUGUUUCAUGCACAGCCAACACGGUAAAAACUUCCCCUUUGCACAUCCCAGAUUUGCACUGGCAGGUGGGUCCAGAUGCCAUGCGUGACUACAUGGUGACUACAGUGGUGUCAGUGGUGACUACAUUCAUGCCUAGCUUUAAGACGGAUGUAUCUGUCUAUCUGCGUGACGAGUAAAUGCAGGACUUCCCAGAGGACCUGUGGGCAAAGGAGCUCACUAGGAUAUCAUAUAUAUCAUAUAUAUCGCUGCUUUCAAGGUUCUGGAUUCUGAGUAUUCCAGAGGCCCCACUGGGUUACCUCCUGCCUGCUCUUCUUCCAAGGGCUGUCUGUUGUAGGUCAGACUCCUGACCUCUUCUGGUAAUACUCAGUCCACUGGGUUCCAUGUUGGAGGAGUCCAUGUCCUAGGAAGGGGUACUGGCACAGGUUCCUCUGGCCCAACUGACAUCCUUGGGGUUCUUCUAGGUACACAGUGAUUCAUUAGAUCUCUGGGAAAUUCAGAUGAUGUCAUCAAGAAUGUGCUCCUAAACACACAUUGAGCCAAAACAAAACAGAAAAUGUCAGCAGGUCCAAGGACUGUAUGUAGUGCGCAAGGGAGAACAGGGUCACUAUAUAUAUAUAUAUAUAUUAGAUGUAUAUAGAAAUACACACACACGUAUAUAUAUAUAUAAAUAUAUAUUGUAUAUAUCUAAGUUUGAGUCACUCUGACUAGGUGCAAAAUGCUGAUUUUGGAGUCUAAACUAACGUCUCUGUCCCCACACCCUUGGCCUCUUCGCCGGCCAGUUACACGAAGAAGACAACUCAGACAGGGCAUCCAUACGUGCAAGGAGCCACGUGAUCAGACCUGUGUCGCUUUCCUUUGUGUGCAAACUGACUUCCAGCUACCAGACUGCAUCAAGGUAUUUCAGACCAACACACCAACACCGAGGGGCACUCUCAGGUGAGAGCCUAGCCCAGUCCUUCCUAGAGUGUGUGUGUGUGUGUGUGUGUGUGUGUGUGUGUGUGUGUGGUGUUUCACCAGUCUCAGAGGCAUUGAAGACCCAGCAGGGCAGUCAAGAAUACCUUCCUCAGUGAGGUCUUAGAGCCUUUUCCUGAGGCGCCCAGAGCACAGUGAGGGGACGCACUAUGUGGGACAGGUUAUAUGCUUCGAAGCUGUUCAACUGUUGCUUGUCUUUGCCCAUCUUGCCUUCAGGCUAGCUGCAAUAAUUUUUUUCUUCUGUAAAAUAUUUUGUAAACAACAACAACAAGAAGAACAACAAAAGCUAUUAUAAAAAAGGGGGGAAAUAAAGCUGGCAUUAUGAUCAGGAAAACCAUCCAUCCAUCGUCGCUACCCUGCCCUCCUGUCCCCUCCACACGCUGCUGUCACAACGUAGGUGCGGAAGACCUUUUUGUACAGAGAUAUAUUUUUUAUGAAGAAUUUGUAAAAUUAUUAAAUAUGCUGUAAUUUUUUGAUUCAUGUAGGUAAAUUGUUAAAAAAUAAAUGUUUUUACAAUGCAAAACUGUAAUUUUCCCGACAAUGUAAAAUCACCCUCUCUAGCCGAUUUUCAGUUCCAAUCCUGUUCGACAUGUAUUAAUAUUAAAGCGGCCUGUUAAAAUGAACAGUAUCUUUUUUGUCAAAAGAAAAAUUAUAAAGAGAGUGUAACAUAACCUGUGUAAUGCCACCUAUCUUUAAAGCAAAUCAGAGUUCUAAUUAAAUAUUUAAUUUUAGA